ACUUCCGUUUCCAAACGUCUCUGCCAUGGGAAUUAAUCAGCGUUAAGGAGUAGGCUAGCAUUUUGAAUCACACAGGCUAGCACUAAUCCAUUUUUAAACCUAAAUUUAAUUCUUAAGUAGGAAACGGUAAGCGUAACUUCAACAUUCAACAUGAAUAUCUUUGCGAAGCGGACCGCGCUCAACCUAACAACCGGAGCCAUGGGCUGUAUGCUCCCUCAAAAUGGAGUCGCGGACGGACAGAUGCACUACGGCCCGGGAGCGUCCUCGCCUCAGAUCCCGAUAGGUCCAUCUAAAGAGCCUCACAACGGGAACGUGGAGACCCCGAAGAGGCCGAAGGAGCUGGGGGUGAACUCUGGGAAAGGAUUUGCAGCGACGAAAGGGUUUCGGGAAGACAGCGACGACAUCGACGACGGGUCUCUGCCGUGCACUCCGGAGCUCCAGUCGGACAGUGAAACCGACAUGAGCAGCUGUCCGUCGGGGUUCGAGGUUCUGGAGAGUGACACGAGGCAACUCCUCAGCCAGUUCCUCAGAGAAUAUACAGGACUGUCAAAGCCUGGCUGGAAGGAGACGAGUGCGUUAUCGACCAUGAAGAGAGUAGUGGAGGACGUUUUGGCGAAGCACAGAUACGCAUACAAUGGUGAGAGCUGGGGCUUUUUCAGACCUGAGACUGAGCUGCUCUUAGCUGUUAGCACUUUUAGCUUCUAGACUGCUUCACUUAGAGUUAACAAACAUGUAUAAACCUGUUUAUUUACUUUCAAAGACUGUUCUUCCCAAGGGAAUUUAUGUUAGCACCACUUUAUUACAUUUUACCGUUUGAUUGUUAAACAGAUUUUUAUUAUGUGCUUUUAUAAUAGGCCAUUCUGUGUGACUCAGCUGCAAAACACUAAUAGGACACGUAAUAUAAGAUUUAUCUGAGGACAUAGAAACAUAAUUAUGUUAUAAAGUCCAAAGUCCUCUGGAUAUCUCUUAUGGAAACUUCUACCUGAGAAAAUCUGCAGGAAAUGGUGCAUAAAGCUUAAUUCAUUGGGAAACUCAUAGUUAUACUUAUAGAGACAAGUCGAGCAACAGCAUCUAGGUAUUAAUAGCUAUUAUUAUCUAUUUUCCAUACUCUUGAGUUCUGCACAAUUUAUAUGAAUCACCAAACUAAAUCUCUUGUUCUCAUGUAGGUAUGAUCAACAAACUGUCACUGGAUGACAGAGGGGAAGAUGCGAGCUAUGUCAGUGCAGUAGCAAAGAGCCUCUUCGCAGAUGGAACAACAAACUGGGGCAGGAUCGCAAGCCUGGUGGCCUUCGGAGCAGCUGUGUCUCAGUACCUGAAAGAGAAGGGCAGAGGGGACUGUGUGGAGCUGGUGGCGCAGGAGAUCUCUUCGUAUCUGCUGUCAGACCAGAGGGACUGGCUGGUCAAAAACAACUCUUGGGUGAGUGAGUCAGGCCUGAAAGACGGGAUGUAGAAGAAAAAAGUGGUUGCAUAACUGCCCCCAUUGUGCAACGUAGCCUACGUGUCAGACGGGCUUGAGUCUUUGCCCUCAGAAUCUAAUGUUUUAAUCCUUUCUUUCCAGGACGGCUUUGUUGACUUCUUUAGAGUAGCAGACCCCGAGUCCACGGUGAGGACGACGCUCAUGGCCUUUGCUGGAUUUGCAGGGAUUGGGGCGACGCUGGCCCUGUUGAUCAGGUGAACUUCUGGACUCUUAAGAGACUUAUUUUUUACACAAGUUGGACUUCAAAACAAUGGACAGUGAAGCUGAACUGUGUGGAUGUCUUCACGUUUUUUCACGGACUCGACUUCAACAACCAGCUUGACAAUAAGUGACUUUUCAAACAGCAGCCAACCUUUCAAACAAUUAGGUUUAUUUAAUUUACAAAGAAAUUUAUUUUUAUAAUAAAUGUAAAAAUGUGCAUCAAGUCGACCUAGAAAGGUUCUGAGCACUCAGAUGACGAGGUUUUUGCUUGAUUGCUUUUUUUCUCACGAUGUUCCUGUGCUGACGGUGUCUGUGAGGCCAAGGCUGGAUGGGAAAGCUGCGGUGUCAUGCAGUCAUGAAGCCCAUUUCUUUUGAGCCCAUUCAUAACCCCUGGAUCCUUUACCGUGUGAGGGGAGGAGGGGGCGGAUUUGCAUGAGUGUAGCGCUACUUCCUUGUUAUGAAAAUGUUGGAUUCUGCAGGAAAACCGCACACAGGACUUCUUGUUGUUAAGGCUGGAAAGUUUGAGUCUGUUUGGAAAAAUGAACAAGGACUUUGAGUUGUGUUGAUCACUUGCAUCAAAGUUGACUUCAGUUUGUGGACUAAAGAGGCGAACACCGACAAUUCUAGAUAGUUCAUCCAGCUGUAAGCUAACACAGAUCUAUAUAAAACAAUAAAAAAUCAAUACAAAUCACAUGUUUGACCUUUUGAUAUGGUCUUUCUGUCAGGGGUUGAAGGUUACAUGUUCACUCAUCCUGGUUCUGUUGUCAUAAAUCAAGUGACCUCGUUUUAAACUAACUUUAACUCCAACGCACGUCUCAGCCUUUGAUGUCAAUUCACACCACGCCCCGAAACACAGCCACAGCUUUCGUUUCCUAGAAAUAAGAUGAGGCUGUGGUCGCGCCUCCAGCGCUCCGAGCCGCUCAGCUGCAUCUGCAGUUUUUGUGCGAGCUGCAGUCGACAGAGUUGUUAUCUGCAAAAAGCUGGUGCACAGAGCCUGCUGCACUAGCAGGAGUUAGAUUAUGAAACUAGGGUAAAAAAAAAAAAAAUUCACAGUUCAUAACCGCCUGAAAGUUUCACAGCAGUACUGUAUAUGCCUGAAAGUCUCUCUGCUGCCUGGAGACUGGUGAGAUGUUCAAAUUAGGAUGCUGAGUACUUAGUUUGUUUAAAAGUUUUUCAUUGUGGGUCUUUCAACACAAAAUUCAGCCAAAUUCUCCUGACCCAGUCUGAAUCUUUGACGUGUUUUGUAGUUUGGAGGUUUCUUGAAUCCUCUAGGUUAAACCCUCCCCCAUGUCCUUUUGUUCUGGAGCUUGAACCUAAAUGAAGAAAUAUAUUCACCCUACUUGUCUUUGAAAUGCGUUUGAAAACUUGAAAUCCAAGUCUAAACCGUAUCAGACCUCAGACAGCAGGAUCCCUGGUGAUGCUGCGUGGCUGCACCCUUGUUUGUUCAGAUCCUCCCCGUUGUCUCGGGUUACAGGACAAACACAGCGCUCAUUGAGGCCUUUGGAGGAAAUGGAGUAGAGCUGCUCUCCAUGGUGAUGAUUCACAGCAGACCUCCCCGUGUCCUCUCCUGCUGCUAAUGAUGUUAGCCUCCACCCAGGUUACCCCGGCACAGUUCAUUGUGAAGAACAUGCUGCUGCUCUGUGGGGAAUUAAGGCUGAGGCAAUCUGCUUCAGCAGUUUGCACCAUCCGCUGGUGGACUGGGGGGUGCAGAAACAGGCCAAACAGUCUUGGGGCUGAAUAGGCGAAGAGCAGAAGUCUCUGAACAUCCUUGAUGUGGUGAGCAUGCUCAUUAGGGACAUCCAUUAUUUAGGUGUUUAUGCAUAUAUUACUGUGUUCUUACUGACUUAAUAUGUUUUACCCAUUUGUAUUUAAAUUACUCCUUGAUUGGUUCAGUGUUCAAACUCAGGUUGGGUCAAGUGUUCUCUAUAUGCAAAUAACAACAACAAUAACAUCAUUGCAAUACUUAGGCUUAACUGCACAUACAGGAAACUAAUGCAAGGUACUCCAGCAACUAUUGCAUGGCUUUAGCAGAACAUACAUCCACACCGACUCUCUUAGAUCGUUGCACAGUAACUUUAGAUUAGUGGCCAGCCUGGGUUUGUAGUAGAUUGAUGAUUUUGCUUUAAUCCUGUCUGUAUAUUCUGAGCAUAAAAAACUUUAAAAUGCAUAUUUACAGGUCUUAUUUCUGCAAUAUAAACCAGCAGCAUCAAAAGGAAAACACUACAGCCAGAAGCUUUAAACUCUCUCCAUUGAGCUGGCUCUCUGUCAGAUAGAUCACCCUAAAUUACCUGUGAGGAUCUUCCUGUUUGUGUCAACUUGAUCUUGUCCUGUCCAAAUGCAAGUUGUCACAUUGCUUUUAGCAAAUUUUACUGUUUUUUCUUACCUAUCCUAGUCGUUUGUUCCCACAACCACAGCUAACAGAGGUUUAAGGUCAUUAAAAAUGACUAUUGUCAGUCUUGCUGAUUGUACAGAUGGCUUUUAGAGCUUUUAAGUUAUAUUUUAUCCCAGUACUACAUCGCAAGACUGUCUCUUUAUUGGUCCAAAUUAAAAUUAAAAUUAAAAUGCUUAGCAGGAGCUUUAGGGCGGCUUCAUGGAGGAAACAAACGAGGCAUCAGGAUGCGCAGGUGAUCGAGGAUAUUAAUACUGAUAGAGAUGUUACAGUCUGACAUUUUUAACGAUUAAACUAGUCCAGUAAACGAACAUAAUCAUAGAAAAAAUACAGAUUUCCACACAUUAAAAUGUCCAUUUCUGCCUGUGUGUUUAGUGAAUAAGUCACACAGUGUGAUAGCUUCUCUAUGUUUUCUGGAUGUGACAUUUCAACACAUCAUGAUAAUGUGUUAUUAACUUUUCAUACAUGGGGCCGCAGAUGGACGAGCAGGUGAGCGCACCCCAGGUAUGGGGACCACGGUCCUGCCAGCGGUCGCGGACUUGAGUCCGGCCCCGACCAUGUGCUGCAUGUCCUCCCCCAACCCUAUCUCCCCACAUUUCACCCUGUCCUCUCUAUAAGAGGCAAAAAUUACCCAAAAAACUUUCCAUAGCAGAAUCAAAAAAGCUCAAACAUGAAUAAUGCAGAUUAGGGUUUAAAAAUAGAAACAGGUCUUAAUAACUAUCACCAAAUAACAGCAUAAACCAACAAUGUCAUAUGGUGACAAUCAUCACUCUAUUCAAAUGUCCAAGUAUCAUAGCUGACAGACCAAUAAAGUCCAUAUCAGAAUGACCUUUGAGAGAUCAUCUCAUGUUUGUACAUCUACAGCUCUUACUCAAAAACAUGCACUUAUACAAGAUUAGAUAAAUGGUCGACUGCACAUGUUAUAUUCUCAUCAACAGGAGAGAAAUAUAGAAAUAUCUGAACCAAAACUGUCCAUUUCUUCACCUGAACCUUUGGGCGACCAGAGUUCAUGUCUCAGAGGGGGGGUUAUUGGGUUCCUCUUCUCUGCGAAAGUGUUCGAUACCAAAGCAAGAGACAGAUGCAACUGUGUGAUUCAACAACUGAAAGUGGUUAGCAGUCGGGCUCUUGCAGCCGUGGUUUCUUAUUGCACAUCUGCGUUUUGCAAAAACAAAAAAUACCGAAGAAAGAAGUUAAAAACAUUUUAAAGUGAAUCAACAAAUUGUGCACAAACUUUUGCAGGGCAUCACACAGACGUGUAAGACUGCACACCUGCUUUUCAGACGUGCAGCACGGCUACCUUCGACUCAGUUCCUUCAGAUUUGGUUAAACAAACUGAAGUGUUUCCUCUGCUGAGACAGAGCUCCACAGUAAAACAACUGGAGAGCCUUUAGAAACCUCAGGGCAGGUGAUCACAUUCCCAGAGUGGGAUAGUUUUAAGGAGUGGUUUUACAGCUAUUGUCUCUGCACAUACUUCACAUUCAGAUACUGCUGGGAGUAUUGAUUAUAUCAAGCUGCGGCCCAGCCCAGAGCUGGAUUCAGGACCAGCUCAUGCAGACUUUUGCAGAGUUUUUGCACCUGAAUCUCUCACAGAGUUUACUUCUGUGCUGAGUAUUUUUGGGGAUGUGGGCUUUCUGGCGGCUUCAAGAAGGAAGUCUGAAGUCUUACACAAGUGAGAAACUCUCAACAACACAUAACAUCAUAGCUGACGAUACUCUCAGAACCGUAUAAAUCAUGUUUCUUCAUGUUUCAUUGCUCUAAGCUUUCUCCUUGAAGCCUGCUGCACUUUAUUUUGCAGUUUGGUAACUCGAGCUCCGAGGAACAGCCUUCUCACAGCGGCACAGCAUUGGCUGUGGGGCCUCUGCACUUCCUCGUAGCAACAGCCCGCCCCCGUGAUCUCAAAAAAGCAACAGUUUCUGGGAAGUCAGCUGACGCACACAAAGUUUAUCUUUAACAGGAGGAGUACUCGUCGCAGAGUUACUUGUUAAAACCAGCAAAUACUCAGAAUUCCGAGUCUGAGAUGCAAAGAUAGGCCUCGUCUUCGUAAUUAAAGUCACACUCAGAGAGACUUUGAGAAACUAAAAAGUAGAAACUGCUGCAGAAGAAAACUUUAAAAAGUCUCUAAAGUAAACAUUUUAAAUCCUGACCCCAGACUCUUUAAGUGAAAUACUCCAAACUUCUCUGUCCCCUCUUGAGCACAGUAUCUUAGACCUGUCUCAGGAAAAGGACCUAAUUUUGCACAAAUAACCUUUCAGACUCAGACCUCAGGGACAUUUAGCACAAACAUGACUUUAGGCUCCAGGGAGAACUGGUCUGAUCCCAUUUCCAAGGAUUUUUCUUCAGAAUUUGGCACAACUCAGUCAUAAAAGUUCCCAAGUCCACUUCUAACAUGCAGUCUGCUCUAUUUUUUAAAGUUUAAUAUCCUGCUUCUUUAGUUUCAGAUCAGCUGAGUUUUUCCCAAAGACAAGACCAGGAAAGUUUAUACAUGAAAGUCCACAUUUCAGCAAGAUAUUAGAUGCAAAGUGUUUUAAAUAAAACUACAGAGUAUCAGGCCCCCAUUCCCUCCUCCGAGCUCAGAGUAUGAUGGGAGGCUUUGCAGUGUCUCUGAACUUUUCUCUCUAAAUAUCUCACAGUCAUACAUUCAGAAGAAGUUUAAGCUUGUUAAGUUCUGUUUUUGUUUAAAAGACUCCUCACUUUAGGACGAGUCAGACCGUGCAUGUGGGCGUCUCGGCUGCAUAUGGUGGAUCAGCACCAUCUCUAGCAUUUUUGACCGAGCAGCAAAACCAGACAGAACACCAGCUGUAUCACAUCAACAGUCCUCCUCCUCCAUUUCCAUCUGAUGGUUUCCGUUUUUCCCAAAGAUUUCCUCACGUAAUCGUCCAAACUUUUUAGAGUUUUGGCAGGAAAAGCACAGGUGAAAAUUUGGCUGUUUGGGUUCAUGCGUGCAGUUCGCCCGGGCAAAUUUGGGAAGUUCUCGACACACUUGAUAUUAGAUGCUACACUUCUUUAUUAAUAAUGGACAAUCAAAGCUAUUUAUGGCAAGCAGUUAACAAGACAACCCGGAGUAGAGGCUUAAAUAGUUAAUCAAUAUUUCACAUUUGAUCAGUCAUAAAAGUAUUAGUAUUAAUCUUUCACACUCCCUUUAAAACUGGGUCAAUUUAAAGAUCCAGUCUGCCCAGAUUUAGAUCAUUGCCCGGCAUUAACCCUCUUGUCCUCCCUCUUAACCUCCUCUGCAGGAAGACCCGUAUUUGCAAGCAUUUAAAUCAAACAAGGAUUUUCUUUUAACCAAGAGUAAGUGCAGCGUGACUGAACGGCGAAGGCCUACAACUACAGGGCAAUGAUCCGGUCUUCACAUGGGCUUUCUGACCCAGUAUUAGUAAGUGGUUCUCUUGAUUUCCAGCCCAUACUGCUCAGUUUAUAUUAUCAUUCUUAAAUAAAAUACAAUAACAAACCUGAGACCAACAAUUCUAACAAUUUCCAAUUUUGGAAAACGAGCAGAAUUCACAACAUUUAUGCAAAAAUAGAUUUGCAUGUGUACCUCCUCGAUUAGAAAAUAAAUAACUCCGCAGAGACUUUGAUGCUUGUCACAUCUGCUAUUUUGACUGACACACAAAGCUGCCUCUCUAUCCAGCUCUAUAAAUGGACGUCAGCACAUUUGUUUGUAGCCUUAUUUGCUUGCCCAGGAAUAGAACAAAGUUGAUAUUUACACCCAGCCCCACUCAUCACCCUAUUCAAAUUCGGGACUAUAUCAAGAGCUGUGGUGUCCUCCCAAGAUAUCAAGGCCCCAGAAUGCACCAAAAAUGGAUCGGUCCGACACGAGAUUAAACAAAGUCACAGAGAAAGUGAAGAGACUGGGACAAAGACACAUGCCAGAUGGAUCGUUGGAGGAUUUAGACAGACAGUAGUCCAUACAUGUCUCUGAUUAUACUCUCUUGUCCAACAAAUAAAAGCAUAAAUCUUCUGCUCUAAGUCUGAAUCUUUGCACAUUGACCGUCAUUUUGUAGAGUCACACUCUCUGUACUCGAAGAAUAUUUCUAGAAGUGCUUAUUUGAGUCAUCUCAGCUCUCUGUGCUUCACCGCUGUUCACAAAAACAACCCCUAGUGCUCACCGUGCAUCUUCUAAACUUCCUACGCCUCGUUAUAUUCUCGAUCGAGAGUAAAAAUAGUCAGAGGUCGCAGGUCAAAGGACUUUCACUCAUCAUCCCCUCAGCCUGAACUCUGAUCUUUUAGUUCCUCGUGGUGUGGAUGGUUAUCGCGGAUCAAAUUUAAUCCAUGGGGUGAUGUUUCAUGUUCCUCUCUGUCCUGAGUCAUCUCUACUUUUAAAACUUUACUCUUUGACUGGUGACUGUAAUGCAGUAUUUAGAUACGGCUUAUCCACGGCUGUACACUAUCGUUUUCUGCAGUAGAUGACCUCAUGAAACCUUUGCUCAGUGUUUAUGUUCAAACUGCACUAAGACACUCAUAAAAGAUCAAACUUCUUACACUUUAGAAAGUAUCUGAUUUAAAAUGGACACGUUUUGGUCAUCACUUUAACUGUUUGAUAUUUCAGAGUUUGCAGAGUGCUUUUAUAAAAUUCAAGCGUUUAUUAUCUAUGUCAAACUUCAAAUGUGCCGCUUUGACCACUUCAUGCACAGUUUUGCUCGAAGUCCAGCAGUGACCAUAUUUGGAUGUGAAAGUGGAUCAGACUUUGCUGCUUGUUUAUCCUGGUUCUAAAGACUGCCAACAUGAUAAGUCCGUCUAUCACACGGAGCCAGCCCUCAUGUUAAGUCAGAGUGAACUUCUUGAAGAAACACUUUGUGCCAGACAGAAAGUCACCCCUUAUUAGGAGAAACUCGUGUUAUCUCUCACCAUUGUCCUCAACGAGCCAAAGACAAUUCUCUCACCAGCGCCGGCUCAUGUGUGUGAAGGAUUAUUUUACCUCCUGCUGAACCUCAAAAACAUCACCCUGUUUACCAAAACUGAAAGGGUCUGUUGAUUGAGGCCUUUUACUUCCAUGGAAAUCAAACUGAAACUAAAGUAAGCUCCUUUUCCACACAGUUAGAAGAUGGAUUUGCAGCAUGUGAAGUCGCCCCCUGCUGGUCGUAUGAAAACAUACAAAUUUAAUGCACUUUUAUAUUGGGUAAAGAAGUUUCCCAAACUUUCAGCAGAAGAAGACUCGAGUGGCUUAUUGAUAUGAUUAAAGUAUUAAGUGUCGUCUUAACGUCUCAGACUGUUAGCUUUGAACGUUUUCAGACACAAAAUGCACACACUGUUAUGUUACAGUAUCAGCUCUAAACACAGAACAGUACGACGCAGAAACUGACAGUAAAAUCCACACCCUCUGUGAGACCGACAGCCUCCCAGUGUUUCCGUAACAUCCAGGAACUUGUUUAUUUGUAGAUUAUUAUUUGAUUAUUUGUAGUUUUCUAUUUUCUUUUAUCUCAGACAUGUAAUCUUUGACACGCACCUUGACAUGUUUCAGCAGAAACUUUCGCCUUCCUCAGAAGUGUCACUUGGCGAUAGGUGUGACGCAUCAAAUCAGCUAGUGUUACAGAGGCGUGAUCCUCCUGUCGGUUUUUUUGACAAGACCGUCACGUCUCUGCAGGACGCUGCUCUAAAAGUGUGAGAGCAUGUAGGCCCCCUUAUCCCUUUUCAUCGUCCACGGGCCCCGUUUCCUUAUUUCGAUGGCUCCCCUAUCCCAGCGCUGGUGCUUAUUGUCCUCGGUGCGGAUGACUCUGGCCUUAAUCAAAUUUACUGGAGGGUUACGCCUCCAUAACACCGACUGAUAUGGUGCGUCACACCUACCACCAAGCGACACUUCCUGGUAAGACGGAUGUUUCCGCCGAAAAUGUAAAGGUACAGGAAAAAGAUUUACACGUCUGAGAUAAAUGAAAAUAGAAACGUAUUUCAAAGAAACUGAAGACAAAAUGAACGUCGUUCAACUAGAGAUGAUUAGUGGUUUUUAGAGACCGUCCUGAUCCAGUCUCUUUAAAGAAUAAAGCUAGUCUGUGAUGAGUUGUGUAUAAAUUCUGGGGGAUUAGCCAAGAAGCAACCUCCAGUCUUAAGAUUGGACGCCAAAAACUGCAGUACCAUAAGUGCCCAUGUGAGGCACUAGAAACCACGUACACAAGUAGCCAAAACAAAAAAACAACAUGUUUACAGCCUGGUUCGAAAUCCAGAGUCCUUUGUAGUGAUGCUCCUUCAAGACAAAUAUUGUCUGUGCUUUAAUAAUUCAACAAAGAAACCGCUCGAUUUCAGCAGUUUUUUCAGUAUCUUCCAAACAUAUAUGGUCAAAUGCAAAAAAAAUACAACAAUUAUGUGAUACCGGCUUUGUUUAACCCCUAACCUACUCUCUUAUUAGUCGUAUUAGCCGCUAAAAGGGAUAUCAGCUGACCUGAAGUUACCUUUUGCAUUUCAACCCCAUAAAAAAACUGUUUUUUCGUCACUCUGGAAACAAACAUUAAUUAUUGAGUCAUCAGCGUGGGAACAAAUGUUCAAUAUCCCCACAAAUUGAUGAAAAAAAUCUAAAUCUGUCCUGAUUGGAUAGGUUCGUUUGUUGUACUUCCUCCAUGAUCUAAUCUUAGUGAUUUUUUUAACGUGCAGAAAAAUUCAAACGGCUCGUUCUGCUCUCAGACGUCAUCUCCGUGUCCUGGCUUUGCCCGGGCAGAUGUUGUCACGUCUGCUCGCUCUCAGAACACAGUGUACUCUGAGCAGGUUGUUGACCCUUCAUUAGGUCAUUGGAGGCUCGCCAUGUUUUGUUUUGCAGAGGAAAGUGAGAACAGUUUGGCAACGAGGCAAACAUUCACUGUUGGGAGAGGGAGGACCGAUGUUCCCAGAGAGAGAUUCCCGGGCCUGUUUUAGACGGGAAGGAAGUUGGAGGACAUUUGUUCUAAGAAUAAACGUUCCACAGUAGCUGUGCUCACACGGCGCUCGCUCCUAAUCUGGCACAUAUUCAGAUAUUUUUCAAACCAUAACAUGCCCUGUGUUUUUCUCCUUCAGUCUGUGGUUUCUUUCUUGUUCUUUUGAUUCCAGUUUGUGAAUCAGAUUGAAAGUGAAAGAGAAAAGGAUUAAGAGCUAACAGGGUCUUUCAGCUGCUUUAAAUUUCUUUGCAUGGACUCAAAAGUGCAAAUGAAUCCAGAGCUCACGGCCCGUCUAUUCAAGUCCAGAACAAAGAGGACGGGAAAUUCUUCUUUGAUUGUUCAACACAAAUCUGCAGGUGUUGUUUCUGCUGUUUCAGAGGUUCUCAGGUUAAAACUUUCAAGUUAAGUUGAAAGUAAACUCUCCAGCUGAGAUAAAACAGGUCUGACGAUCUGUCCAUGACUUGGCUCAAGCAAAAGUCGAUGUUAUGUUCUGAUUUUCUGUCGUUGGACAUGCAGAUAAUGAGGUUAGGGAUCAGUUUUAUCCUCCUUGUAUACGCCUCCUUUGGACUGAAACUGAAAAAACUGCUUCUGUGUCGAGCCAUGACAGCUGAACCUGUGCCAAAUGUGUUUUAAUUGAGGUUGAUAUUGUUGUGCAGCAGCUGAUCAUACAGAGAGGGAGACGUUAGAGUAGACAGACUGUACCAUCACUGAGGAAGAUGAUGGGGGACAGCAGCGGUACCAGACACGUCCGGCACCAAGCAGACCAAUCACAGGGCUCGCAGAUUUACUGUCAUUCAACGCUGAUGUCCUGUUUUAUUUACUUGAUAAGUUUUUUUUAUCAGAGGCAACAAUGAAAGAAAACAAGAUAAAGACACAAACAACCUUGAAACUGGAAAACUGCCAUCUGGGACUGCCUGAAACAUCCCGGUCCAAGGUCGACCACGAGUCCCAUUACUACUGCAACACGUUUGUCCUUAUUUACAGCUGUGGUUACGGUCAAACCUUCAUGCAACCACAUGUUUGACCAUUUCUAGGUUAUUGCAGUUGCUCUGCUGCUUCAGUCUGGUUUCUACCUAUAAACCGGUUUACUCUUACUCAUUGAUCCAGGACAGUCAAAGACAGGUAUGUUUGUGCUGCUCUUUAACCUCUGCAGGACUCGCUGCCCUUUUUGUUGUCAGUUGUCAGGGCAAUAUGAAACCAUGAAACUGGGUGACAAACAUGUGAGAAGUAGGUCACCCGGUUCCUUUUUGCGCCUGAACCUGCAUGAACCAUAGCAGAAGUUAAAUUCGCCGGAUCCCCCCUGUGUGCUGUUUGCAGAAGUCUCGAGUCUCGGCUGCGAGGCGUCUUCUUCCAUUGACUUAUGGCAUUUCAGGGUCACUCUGUAACAGGUCUGGGCUUGUCUGACCCCGGUGCUCCAAGGUGUGAUGUUGUUAUGUCUGGUUGAACCAUCAGGUGGGUGGAGGGUCAGAUGGUCAGAGUCAGUUACAGCUUGAAAGCCCCUCCACCCCUCCACCCCUCCUGUCUUGCACCUUUUGUUUGGAGAGCUCAUGUUUGCAGAGCGCUGAUGGCCGUUUGUUGACGUCUGCAGACUCCAACAUUCCUCUCAACAAUCUGAGGAGCUGAGGCUUCAAAAGCCGGCUCAAUGGGGGGUAUUAUGCUGAAAGCAACAACAACAGUGCUGCUGAUAGUCAUCCACCCAUGUGGUCAUUUGGAGAAGCUCAACAUGUGGCCGCUUGUGCAUAUGACUGAUAAUCAUUCCAGCGGCAAACAUGAAGUCAUGCAUCACGAAAUCACAUGUUGGGCGUGAUGGCUCUCUGAAUAGAUGACUGUGUGGAAACCCGCGUGUUAACCGGAGGAUGACUUGAGGAGAAGUCGCAGAGAUGACUUCAUGCUCAGCAGGAUAAUUAUACACCCCCACUCUUUGCCCCAUGUGGAGCCUGGAUCAGCACUAAGUCAGCAGAAAUGAGCGCAGAGACUUCAGGAAAUGAGUCACGGCGAGCAUCUCCCAGGGCUCGGGAUCAAAAGUUACUAUCAAGCAAAACCACAAAAUUUUAGGUGGUCAAGCACAAGUGUUGCUGAGGGCACAAACACGAUGAGUCGUGCCUGAACAAUGCCUGCAGUUUGUGACUGAAAUGUUCGUUUCUGGCUGAAUCCGGUCUAUUGACUGAUGCACCGCUCUUUGCUGAUGCCACAGUAUCUCAUGCACAACAGGCCCUGACCUGUAACACAGUAUGAACCAGGGUCAGUGCAGCUGAGAUCAACUGGUGGAGAUGCAACAAUACACAGAUACUUGCACAGUUCAAAUCAUCCAUUACAUACUUGGUGUUUCAAACAGUAAUCCUUUACUUUUCUCAUUUCUCACAACGAAACAGAAAACCAGUAAAACAUUUGAACUGUUGCUGUUUCUGCUCUCCUACUUCAUGGCAGGUAGCUGAAUACCAGUGAAAGGUAAAGCUACAUAGUGCAAAUACGCAGCUAGCUAAUUUAACUAGAAUUGGAGCGAGAUGGACGACAGCUAGGGUGUUAACUUAGAGGAAAUGUUCCUAUUAGUUUGAGUUUUGGGGGGAAAUAAAUCAUCACAGUGAAAUUUAAGCUUUUUCUGAAGCCGAGAACUUUCCCUCAGACUUGAAGAAGCAUCAGUUAUUUAGACGUAGCCCUGCAAACACUUGUAGUGAUGCACAAUCAGUUUAUCUACAUGUUGCACUAGUUUGACUACUUUAGCCCAGUUUACGUGCACCGGGCAUGGAUCGAAUUAUUGACAGGAGCGUAUUUACCUCUGCUUUGGUUAGAGGAAUAUCCCCCUUACAGCUCGUUACUCUCGGUUGGCAAGAGGCUCACGAGAUUCACGUUGAAUGAUAUAAACACCAUCACAUUUACAGCUCUGUGCCAUUUGCUAGUUAAGUUUUUUCUUUUUUACAUCCUUCCUUUGUUUGUCAAGAUUUUAUGCUGCGUUACAGUAAACAAGUCAGAAAACCAAGAUAGACGCCUACUGUCAGCCGUUGUUAACAAUCGUCAGCUGUCGUGAGUUGUUGUCAGUUGAGCCAUACAAGUUGUAAACAACUCAUAACACAGUAUUUUACUCUCGUUAUAGCACCAUGUUCACAGUCUGACUUUGCAACUUUCCAAGUCGGAAAUUCCGACUUCUGGGUACAACUGAAAGGCACCAUUAUUUACAACUUGGUUUCCCUAGCAACGCAUCCAUGUGAUUCAACCACCGUGAACGCUUUCAGUCUGACUGAGCUGUAUGACAGAGAUAUUGAUCCCAAACCGCGUUAUCCAAGUGUGUUAGUCUGACUGUGAGAACUUUGAUUCAGUGCGUUUUCAGUCGGACCAGUUUCCUUCAGACUUCGGCAAAAAAUCAUCUUCACUGCACUGCAGCUGGUCUCCAGGAAGUCUAACACCAUUUGGUUUAAAAUGGUGCUAGACUUUCAUUUGGUUGAGGAUAGAUGCCUCUCUUUUUCCCUGAUUUAGUCAUUGCCAACUGGUGCCACCAGAAUUCAUGUAAAGAGGAAGUAGGAUGUAAACAAAGAGAGACAGGACUGAUGAUUGUAAGUAAACUCCACCUACGCAUGUCAUGGUAAAAGGUCGCCCAGUGACACCCGAGACUGCCUUUGUUUGAUUUAAUCCCUUACAGAGAGCCUCACAAAGGAACAGCACCAGUUUUAUAAUCCAACUGAUUAUUAUUCUGAUUGUUUUAUGAGGCUUGAGGAAAUCAAGGAGAGUUUUUUUUUAGGGGAACUACAAACUGUGAAACCCAAAACCAAACAGUGGAGUGAAAUAGUUUGAGUGUCCUCCCUCUAAAGAGACCCGUGCUGCCACAUAUUUUAAAGAGCAGGUUCACUGUGAUGCUGAUGGAGCAGAUAUGAUAGAGGACCCGUGUUUACAGAUCAGUCAGCAGAGAGUGGGAGGGUUUCAGAAGUAUAUGCAAAAACAUACGUGCAGACUAGACUUCACCAGAAAAGGGGGAAACCCAACAAAUCUUUAUUUGCAUCUCCACCGCUGACGUCGACCACAUAGGAAGACUAUUUAGGUCAGGGCUCAACCAUCGUCUCUGCCUAUCCUCAUGUUAAAACUGUGUCAGAGGAUCGACUUGAUCUCAUCAACCUGAUCUAAUCAAGGGCAGAAUUUCAAAGGGACUGAAGGGUAGAUAUCUGUUAGCUUCACCGUAUACUGAGUGAUCGUUCUUUCUGACAAAGACAUCAAACGUUGAUGUCUUCAGAGCUCCGACAGUCAACUCAGGAAGUCACUUUGAACAACAAGCUUGAUCACACCUGCAGUUUUUUCUCUGUUUUUAUAGACGUCACAGCUCGAAAAUCUGUUUUCCUGCAAUUGUGGUUUUCAGACGCAAACUUACUGACCCCCGUAUGAACCUUCAGAUGUAAAGGGUAGAUGUUAAAAUCUACACAGUCGGCCAUAUUUGUUCACCGACAGAACAAACCAUGUUUUAGCUGCAAAUGUACGACCACAAAACUCAGCAGAAUUCCUGUUUUUAUGAGUUAGAAAAGUUAUUUGAAAAUCUUUUGCCUUUUUAGUGAAUUUAUUUGACCUUCAGAGAUGAAUUCAAAGAAAAAUAAGGCUAACUUUUAUAGAUCCUAUGGAAACUAAUAUACAUUAAGCCUGGCAGUGAUCUUGAUUUUAAGAUCUGAGCGAGAACCAGCAGCCUUUGGUCUCCCCUUACUCAUCGUUCUAGGCCAGCACAGGACUUUGUCUUUGUUUCUAGAUGAAAAUCCAGACAAACCAAGACCAUCACUGUCUGAGAGCAUCUCCCUAUACUGUGGUUAUGAUCCUUACAGCCAGGUUUUUAUCACCAAGUUCUCUUUAUGAACAAUCAGCUCCUGUUAAAGGUAUGAAGAGCAGUGACCGUUGAAAGGUGGUUUCCUCCGCUCGGUUUUACGACUGCCCCGCUGUUUCUCCUGCACUAAAAACAAAACCAAAAGUUCAAGUUAAACCGACACAAACUGAUGUCGGGUCUUUAUGACUGAUGAUCUGCCCCAUCUGCUUCUAAAGGACAGCCAUGGGAAUUCCUCUGAGAGUCAAAUGUUUUGAUCAGAGAGACACCAGAUCAGGAGAUUAAAAGCUAAAGCUAGAGAGAGAGAGAGAGGGAGUAAACACGACUCCCUCUGAAAAACAGCUUUGGGGUACUUCCUAAAAACCAGCCUCUCUGAGUUCUAACGGUCUGCUUCUGUUUCUCAUUCAUAGAGUUAAACCAAAGCGCCCCUCACUUUAACCACAGCCUGCUGAAUGAGCCCGUCUAGUCUACUGCUCAGAUUUUAUCAGGUUCCUCCAGACCCCCAAACCCUGCACAUUUUUCUGAAGUGAUACCGAUUCAGCACACCCUGUUCAGCUGCGUAAUCUGCAGAGUUUGCAAAUGACAGAGGUGACAUAAGGUGACGUACGACCCGGGCUCUGAUGAAUGUUUUACCAAGCUCAUGAAAUGACUGUUUUCAUCCCCUGAAAAACGACGCACAGCGUACCUGCACACCUAUGAAAACGGUCAUUAAGAGCUUUUCUUUGAGCUUUGCUUUUGUUUUGUCUCUCAAGGCCUUUCUGUGAAUUUGGGUCAGGGCUGAACUUCCUUCAUCCUCCCCCAUGGAUGACGAUGGGGGGGAUUACACAGGAGACAAAAUAAGCGCUCAGCUGAUAACCAAAGAAACAAAGAGGGCUGCCAGCUCCAGCCUGUCACCCUCAUAUUACCAGAAAGAGAUCUGUUUGGGAAAGCGUUGAUCCCAGUGUUUUUGCUCCGUCUUUUCACACAGACAAAGAAAAGGCUGCAGAAAACACCACUGUCAAAGAUAAUCCUCUCAAAUUCUGCCAUGAAUGCCUUUCAGAGCGACUUAAAUGAAAUAUGACGGAUAUCUGAGAUAUUUGUGCUCUUGGUGGAUGGCUUAAUCCAGUGUUUCAGUAGCUAAAUCCUACUGUGCUCGAAUUCAAUCAAGUCUUUAGAGCAGCAGUGAGGUUAAGCUGUUUAGACGGAGGUUGAAAGUGUUCAUAAACAGCCAGUCAAGUUACUGUCCGCAUCGUUAUUGUCACGAAAAAGACGAAAACUGACAAAGCUGAAACUGUCAAAAAUGACGUAUAGAGCCAAAGUUAUGUCUUAUUCUUUAACUGUAGAAUAGAUCUAGACAUAGAACAGUACAGUAUAGUGGCUAUCUGUAAAAUCCACUCACUCCGUGAGAGUGGCACCAUAAUAUCUAGAGCUUUUCUAUCCCACUGAGAAACAUUUUGAUGUUUUUGCAGAGACCUCGCAGAUCUAUUCCCCCCAAAAUGAAGGAAAUCAGUGGUGAUUUCUGUUUGAUUUGUAGUGAUUUAUUGUUAUUUCUGUUAUCUAACUUUGUUCAGUGGAGACUGCCAUCUUUGUUUUGGUCUGUUGGCCAAUCAGAGGCUGUAUCUGAAGGUUCACUUAGAAGCAGGAGGCCUGAAACAGACUGUUGUCAGUAUAGAAAUAUGGAAGAUAGAACUGUUCCAAACUAGAUAAACCCUUUCGGCUGAUUCUAGUAUAUAUGGAUUUAUGCUCAAUGCUAAGAGCAUUUUAAUUUGAGGAUAUUAUUCUAAGAUAUGGAAAAUAUUAUAAUGUCAAAAAAAGAUCAACUUACCUUGUUUUAUUGAAAGGGAUAUUUCAGCUUUAUUUUUUUAAAGCGAUGCUGUUUGAGAAACAUGUUGUUAGUAAGAGUAUUAGCCACAGUCCAUUUACCAAGAAAAUGUGAUGUAUUUUAUAUUUUAUAUAUAAAAUAUGAAAGUAUUUUCCUAAAAGCUGAUCCUGAAAAUUGGUUCAUCUCACAUUCAGGUUACUUCAGUACAUUUAAACUCCACUGAACUAACACCCUCAUUAGAAAAACGAUAAACGCUUCAUCAUGUGUUCUGACGUCAGAUAACUGUUGGUGUAUUAUCUUUAUAGAGACCUGAAACAGGAUGAAACAUGUGCUUCAAAGCGCCAAUAAAGAUCUUUAAGCUCAUUUUAAAUCAGAUGUAAACAUGUUAGUCCAGUUAAGUGAAAUUUCUCCAAAUUAGACUAACAAACCGACAGUAGAUAACGCAUUUGAGGCUGAUUUUCUCUUGUGUGUGUUCAACGCGAUCUACUCCGUCUGACCCAGACAUUCUGGCGUGCUCAAUAGCUCGUCAUGUCAGGCGUUGGCCUGGAUGUCCAACAACAUACAAACAACAGGCUAUUGAAAGUUUUAUGGUACAUUUCAACCACAACCGUUCAAUACAUUUGAUUCAUACUAUCUAAAAAAAAAAAAAAACUGGAUAUAUGCAGAACCAUGACUAAAAAUGCAACUAAACAUAAACCUGGAAGUAUGAACUGUACCUGAUAUGUUGUAAAAUUCACAUUAGGUUUUUUUAAAAGUUAUUUUUAAGGGUAUUUUACCGUCAUGGGGUAUGACAGUUGUAGAAAGACAGGAAAUGUGGGGAGAGAGGAAGAUGUACAGCAAAGGGUUGUGGCCAGAAAUUGAACCACGACCACUGUGACUACAUCCUCUGUGCAUGUGUGUGUGAGUCAGUGUGGAAGUUCCCCUGGAGGUUUAAGUGAAAGGAACACUCCUGAAAAUUGAUUUCCUAUGAAAAUCGAUUUUAUGUUCGUUUAACUGUAAGGCUGUUAAAAUGACGGAAAGAGAGAGACUCAUUAAUAACUCUGGUUUCCUCCUCAUGCUUGUCACAGUUGUUGUCAGAGGUGCAGAGCUGUAGAUCCAACACAAACCAGAUUAUCAGGAGUUAAUAUUAACCUCUAAACUGGAUUAAGGUGCAUUUAAACCUGCAUUAAGCGAGCAUAGAGCUAGUCCAGGCAGGCCUCUCAUAUUUUUAUACUGCAUCUAAUUUCUUUGCUGUCUUUGGGGUCUUUGCUGCUGCUCUCCCCACCUCGGUUUCUCAUGUAAACGAAGGUGGAGGUGUGCUCUAAAAUUCAUAUUUAAUAUUGAGCUGUUAGCCUUAGGUGACAUGGAAAAUUCCUCUCCUGGAAGCGGAAGCUUAUCGGAGGUGUAAAUCUGAUAAGCAGGGCAGGUGUUGGAUCGAACUACCGGGGCGAUGACUCAGUUUAUCAUGUUAGGGUUUGUCAGAGCUAAUGAUAGAUCAUUAUCUCAUAACUAACCAGAUCAUUGACAGGCCUCUUAGAUUAGACAGGCUUGGUUAUUACAUGUUUAUCUGUGCAAGCACUAAACUGUAGUUUUCAACCAUCUGAUAGCACGAGCGUGUUUGUUGUAAAGAGAUGAUGUUUCAUGCAUGCAAACGUUUUGCACUUUUUGUGUUGCUGCAAAGCUGUUUUUUCGCUUGAUAGCCAAAAGGAAAGAUCCGUGCAGGUUUCGAGGAGUCCGGAAAAAACACCUGCGUUUCAGGUUCUUGUUCUCUGUUAUUCAGCAGCUGGCCUGCUUGUGACCCAUGUGCCUGAAUGAAUAAUACUGAGAGUCCCUGCCAGCUGCUAUCCGGUUCACAGUCACAUGAAAUGUUUUCAUAUUUAUGCAGGAUAUUUGCUGUUGGCCCUACAGUAAGUCAUCUGAUCCCAGUGUGUUUGUGCAGCAGCUCUGUUUGCUCCCUCUGUUUGCCCGCUUCAUCAUGAGCAAAGGUGAAUUUACGCUAAUUAAGUCGGUAUAAAAGGAAGCCUUUCAUUACCUUUGACUUUAGGAAAACAUCACAUGUAUUCCCGACAAAACCCCUGACCCAUCAGUGCUCUUUGUGCCAAGGACAGAAACCACGCGCGUCUUAACCAGCUGAUCAGAGAUUUCUUAUUUACUUAUUUGGCUGUGAUCACAUUUUGUCCCGCGCCCUAGGUUGGUUUAUCAUCAUCAUCGCUUAUACACCCAAUGUUUCGAGAAUUCACGUGUACCAGGAAGAAAAAUAAAGCCAAGUCAAAAAAAAAAAACCCAGACCUUCAGCGAUGGCACAUUUUUCUGUGUCCAGGCAGAAAAACAGGAACAAGUGGAAUCGGUUUCAGCAUGACAAACAGCGUGAGGGACAGAUGAAAAGUUUCUUGAAUUGCAGCAUCCGGCAUGAAUGAAAACACACUUUAAAGUUAAAACAACUAAAAUGUGACGGCUGUGUAGUACACUGAGUCAGCCAUUCUUGCUACUGCUCCUUCUUCAUCUUUCCUUUGUUUUAUAGCGCUGGCAACCGAUGUAAAAAACAACAACAAUGGCUUUCCAGAAAGAUCCACUGUCCCUUUAUUUGAGGUAGGACUAUUGCAGCGUUCGAGUUACCUCAGGAGUCAGAUGUUGGAGCCGGAAAUGACGUCACAUCUGAGUUAGCAGCGUUUCAGUUACCAAGUUGGAAAAAAGCAAAAUCGGAGGCGGAAACAAGAUGGCUACAUCUACCAAUGUUAUUUUAGCACUUGCCUUGUCCGAAUUUAACAAGAACAAGGCAAACACUAAAAUAACUUUGGUAACUCCGGUGUGACGUCAUUUCCAGCUCGACAUCUGACUUCCGCGGUAACUUGAACGCAGCACAUUAUUUGAACCCGGACAACUUCUAAAGCCACGAUCUACAAAACCUGUGAUUUUUGAGUUAAACCUAAACCAGUCCAUAACUUUUGGGUUGUUUCUUUGUUUGGUGACUUUGCAGUUUUGGAUGGUUGGUUUCAAUCCAACAUAUAUGACGUUAUAACAAGAAUAACACUAACAGAUUAACUAGCGAUGGCAGCUCCACCGUCUUCUUCUGUGAGGUGAAAUAUCUGUUUGAGUUAAUCAGGUCUGGAUUUGAAGAGAGCAGUAAUGUCUGUUUCUGGUUUUAAAGCAGUAUUAGACUUCUGAAUGAGAGACAAUGAAUGUCUCAGAGAGGAUCACUUCUCUUAAGUUGUAUAAGAACAACAAUAUGAGACUUGUCUGUUGUAUUUUCCCACGGGUUAUGUUUCACCCAUUAAGGUCUGUUUUCUGUUGUUGCUGUUUUGAUGCAAUCCCCAAAGUUUAUGUCCCUUAAUCCCAUAAAUAUUGAAAAAUUAGACAUCCCCAGUGGAAAAGCUGUUCUCAGAUACCCAACUUCACCUUUAGUCAUCUCACAUGGACUUCUAAAAUCCACCUCAGGUCACAUUAAGGUCGCUCUGGACUUUUAAACAUUUUUUUAAACACAGUGAAAGUGUCACAAUAGCUGCAAAACAAUAUCUUUAUUUUCACCCAGAGAGGAAACUUCAUAAGAGGCUUUCUUGGAAAUCACACCCAGUGUUGCAUAUAACUGUGGUGACUCACAUAAAAAUAAAGUUUUUUUGCUAAUUUUGUAAGAAGACAAGGAGAUAAACCCGAGCGUGUUGGUGGAAGAAAGGAACACGACCUCGGUGAUGGAUUCAGAGAGUUAUGUUCGAGGUAAAGGUAUCUUUUACAGUGUUUUACAGUCAGAUUCUAGGUUGAAGUGCCCUCUUUCUCACCCCUCCUGCUGGCGAAGUGACGGUGGCCUUCAAGGACAAAAAGCCCCUAUGAUGCAGGAUAGUUUGUAGUGGAAACGUGUCAAGAAAAUAAAUAAAAACAUAUUAAAGAAAUAUUUAAUGCAUCACAUUGAAAGACCAAAUGAACUUUUUGGACAAAUAUGAUCCUCAAUUUAGCAAAUUUCUAACAUCCAAAAUGUCAAUCAAACCAAAAACUUUUUUGCACUUUUUCUGGUGCAUUUUGUGCAAAUAUUAAAAGUGCAAAAAAUGCUGGUAUGUCCUUUCUUUGUUGCCCUAGAAACAUGGCGGCUAGUUUACAUUCAGCUGAGUAUACAGUAAUUUAAACAUACAGGUGAAUAUUACAUUCCAUUAUUUCAAAGUCUGUUUUGAUAAAUAGGGCUAAACGUCACACACUGUAUCUUUAAUUGCCAAGUGCAUUUGCUCACUUCCCGUCAUGAACCUUGGGUUGUUUUUGCUCAUUUUUAUACUGGAACCAAAGCAAAGGGGUUUUGGAAAUCCCACCAAGUUUGACAAAUUGCUGGAGUGACUGACGCAGAAAACAACUCCUACGUGACACACCAACGCAGGAAGUUGUCAGAAUAGUUGCUGGUUAAAGUGCAUGUCAAAACAGACUAUAAAAAAAACAGCUUCCCACUCAUGACUGCAUGUGAGUAAACAGUCCUGCUGAAGCCUGCGCACAUAAACACACACUGACAGACACUUAAAGGUGAAGGACAGAGGAGGAGAAUAUCACACUUCACUCAGCGCUGGUGUCGUCACCUCGUUCACCUCGUUAUUUUAAACAUUUAUGACCAGAGACGAGUCUUCAAACCUGCUCAGCAAUACGACCCCAAACAACGACAUUUACAACAAAAUAUAAAGAGAGAAAUUCAGAAAAAAACAAACUUUAACUUCACAGUUUUCUUUAAACUACAUUUAUUCCCUGUGAAGGUGUUUAUUCUGUGCAGGAAUAACUCCCAUAAUGCAGUUUUUCCUUUGCCCCCAUUGGCUGCUGACUGAGUUCAGAUUCCUCUGAUAAAUGUGUGAUAGGUUAUCGGUCCUGCGUUAAAACAACCUGCUCUUGGAGUUGCUGUUUGCUGCUUCUCACGUCCCUCUGAGUCCAUGUGAAUCCACAAGACCAAAAAAACCCAAACAUGUGUGAUACAUCUGUUUUGGCUUUCGUUUUGACUCUCUGUUCAUGUAGAUAACAGACGAAGAGUCAUCUAUUCAUCCUGAGUGAUCUGAAGAAUUCACCUCUGGGGAUAAAAAACAGCUCUUAUCUGAAAGGGGAAGUGAAACAGUUCAGGAUUACACCUUAGGUUACAUAUUGUAAUUAUUUACUCGGCAAAGACGAUGAAAUCAUCUGGGAAUUUCAUGAAAAGAAGAAGCCUGAUGGGAAAUAACAUUAAUACGCCUGUGAUCAUUAACGUUGUUUUGACUGCUUGCUUCUUACGGGAAUUUUUGAUCUAUUACUUUUUUUUGUAGUAAUUUUUUUUCCAAAACUGAGUAGAAACGAGUUUGUAAUCUAAUACUUGAGUUGAUGAAAAUAGAUAAAUGAAUAAAUAAACAGCAGGUCAAAUUGCCAAGAGGUUCGAUCAGUUUUAUCGAUUAUCCUUUUUCUUCACUUAAAAUGCUGAAAAAAGGAAUCAAGAUGACAUGUUUUAUCCAGAGAGAGCUUUUUACAUUUCAUACAUAGUGAGGGAAUCAUGGGAACUUUUUACAUGUAUGAUAUACUGUAAGGGCGACCAGACGGUACUUCUUCAUGUUUAAUAGACAAGAAAAAAUCCAGAUAGACUUUUUUUAUUACAAUUAGAUUUUUCAUACUUGAAGGACAUCUUUUAGAAGUUUUAUACAGAAAGUUUAUUCUUAUGUCAUAUUCAGCAGAGGAACAUGCAGAAGACACUUAAUUUCAUACAAAAUUUAAUCUAGAGGGACAACAGUAGCAUCAAACUGGUCCAAUCACUAAAGUUUAAGAUGUUCAACUUGGACUUUACAGUGAGACACGUCUUCUUGUAACCCAAUCGUUGUUGGUCAGAUUAUACAAGACAGGUCGUUGUUUUAACCCAGUAAAGAGGACUGACUAACCAGUCCAAACAGUGGUUUGUUUUCCUUGUUUUCAUUUCAGUCCGGGUUAACUGUGGUUUGGCUUAGCGCCUGAAUAUCACCUCAUGUACGGAAAUUUAAAGCAGUUGGCCCCUUUUGUACUUCAGCCUACUUUUUCCCGUUAGAUAAUGAGUAUUUACAGAGUCAUCGAAGUUUAGGAAAGUCAUCACAGUUUUGUCGAUGUCAUCUAUUCGUACUCAUGUGGUUGAGCGUUUGGACCAGAUCAUCAGACCAGGAGCAAAGACCAAACAUCCAAAGUUCCCUAAUCUGUCACUUUAACUCCUCUUUGAUUUUCUCGAUCAUUUUAAACAUUUAUCAGUUAAUAAUCAAUAAGAAUAGGAAUAGUCACGUGUUGUUAUUCGUAUUCUUUUGAGACUUAUUGUGAAAUCCAGGAGGUCAACAAGGACCCCGAGCAGCCAACAAAAACAUCCUGGUUGGACUGAAUGACUCGAGGAAACAGAGGUGUCAGCUGAAACUGUAUCAGGUUCUGCCGAUGAAACAUGAUCAGCGUGAGACUGACGGGAAGCGGCAUUCCUGAGAGGACGUUCCCAUGUGACGAUGUGGUGUAACGUGCACUGAUUACUAACAGAGAUAGGAGUCCGCUCUCAGGCCUAUGACAGCGCGUUUAUAAGGUCAAGGAGAAACCGUCCUCCGAGACCUUUAAUUCCACCAACCUUAGACUGAAAAUAACACAGAUGUACGAAGGUCUGGAUGUUCUUUGACCCAUUUUUCCUCGUGUUUAUUUGUUGUACAAAGCAGCUUAAAUGAGUUUGUGUAGGAUAAUAUUGUUUGUUGAACAGCAGAGAACUAAUAUUUGAGGGAAGCAUUACAGAGCCAUGUUAAGCUUGAGGCAUCUCAACACACAUGUACCUGAACAUAUGUAACCCUGUGACUGUCCAGUUCACACAGAAAAGGUGACGUAACUCAUUUUCCAUCCGCUGUUAAAGGAGAGAGACAGAUUCAGACUUAACGUAUACGCAGACGACACUUUAUUGUUUCAGUAUUAUUUUGGACCCCUGAAGAUUUGUUAUGAUUUAUUGCAAAGAAAAAUGUAGGUCUAACUUUCUGACCCGCUGUAACUUCAGGGCUGUGCUUAACGUAUAUGCAGACGACACUUCGAAGAUUUGUUAUGAUUUAAUGCAAGGAAAAAAGUAGGUCUACAGGGCUGUGCAGUACCAGAUUAUCACCACAUGAUUAUUGUGACCAUAAAAGAUCACAUUGACAAUAUUCAUUAAACAACCAAUCAAAUUUGGGAAAAGCAGGAUGACUGAUUAUUAAUAAACGCAACUAACUUACACGUCAGUAUCUGUUUCUUCUGAUCCUCGAGUUUAUUAUUACUAAGGUACUUAUUGCUGAAAUAUCUUGUAUGAGGACAUUGCUUUAUAAAAGGAUUGCUUUUCAAAAAUUUAAAUUGAUAUUUUUUCCAUCUUGCCUUCAGAUUGCUUUAUUUCCUGCAUUAUUAAACUCUGUUUUUAACUGCAGGACUGAGCAAAACCAGCUAAAAAAGUGCUUAAAAAGUCAAAAUAAUCAACUGAUCAGACACCCAAAGAGGCACAAGCUCUGUGUAGUUUUUGAUUCACUUUAAAUCUUGGAAAGUUUUUAGGGGUGCUCCGUUAUUCCUCAGAGGGCUUCGACAUCGUAUUCAGCAAUGUGCAGUUUAAAUGCAAAGGCGUAGUCCUUCCCAGUGCCGCUGAUUAUCGCCAUCCUCCCAGCUGAUAGAGCUCAGCCUGUGGUAGUGUUGAUUCCCAUGAGAUACAGAUGGACUCACUGCUUGUAAUCGACCAUUUGGCUAAAGGUCCUCAGAGACCAGAACCAGUCCAGAAAUGUGUCAGCUGAUGGAGUAUUAGCCGUGGUUGGUAGUUGAGAUAUUCAUUGUUUCCUGAGGACAUACCUUACCAUCUUUGCAGCGUAACUUUCACGUGGUUUUUUUAAGUGAGAUGUCUGAUGUUGGGAGUUGGGCUGUCCCGAUAUGAUAUUGAUAUCGGAUAUCGCGCCAAUAUCAGCCAAAAUUUAAGUAUCGGAUUAUAUCGCCCUGCAUCUAGAAUCUCCGAUAUCAGCACUCUGAUAGAAGCAGUCCAUUCCAGACUCCACUCCAGCACUUCUAUCUAGCAGCACCCGAAUCCAGCAUGCAGAGCCCACGUGAUCACUACAGUGUGUACUAAGGUACUAACAAAGUAUAGAGGAGUAGGAGUGUUUUUUUUUAGUAGUAUUUUUCAUUUAAGUCCGAAAAAGACGUUGCAGCGGAGUGCAAAACUUGUCAUGCACAACUUUGUGCCAAUAUCGGAUCAAUAUCCGUAUCGGCCGAUACUGAAAGCUACAAUAUCGAUAUCGUAUCAGGAGUUAGAAGUUGUAUUGAGACACCCCUUGUUGGGACUUUAAAUGACAAUGAUUUCUCAAUUUCUGAUCCUGUUUCUGGCAGCUCUGUAAGAGAACUCUAGAUGGAGUGUAGCCACCAGAGACCAACUCCAGUUUCACUAAAGUCAGUGUGGUUUGGUGGAGGUAAUGGACGUCCAGGUUGCACACCUGUCCUGUACAGGUACUGCUUCACUGAAAAACAUCUGCUUACAGAGCUUCAACCACACCGUGACUCAUAAGAGCCAUCAUGUGCUCUGGACUUUAAAUAGGCUUCACACUCGAGUGUUGGGAAAUACAACCUCCAAGUGUGAAGUUAAUCAUAGAAACCAUUCUGGAAAUAUGCAUAUGAGACAGAAUGACACAAAGAUAAACGCCAUAACCAUUUCUAUGUUAAGUUUACAAGUGUGUAGACUACAGAAAACACAUUUAAAGCUAAUGAUACUUCCACCAGUCUGAGUUGAAAGUUUGCAAGAAGUUCUAGUUUGUCUAAUUCUACCAAGAACUGAUUUAUUCAAGCAGAAAUUUUGGUCUCUGUAAACUCUAUAAACAGGAUCUUUGUUGUCCGGAUGUUUCAAAGUCUCAAAUUUCUUUAUAAACUCUGACAGAUCAACUAGAAUGAAGGUAAAGGUCAAAUUUGACACAGGAUCACUGAGUCUGCAGCUUAAUGUCAUCAAAUCAGUUAUCUGAGUAUCGCCACAAUUCGCAGAGCUAGCAACACCAGACUCAGGUCCUCCCUGCAGGUUAGAGUCCACAUACCUGUGCUCUGUAGUUUUAUGAUGGUUAUACAACUAUAUCUCCAGUUUCUAGAUCAGUAUUCUGCCAUACGGUGCUGUGAUAUGAGAUCUGUCACUGCUGCAAGUUUACAUACUGUUAAAGGGAGCAGCCGUGUAGCUUAGACACAAUAUAUGACAGGAGUUUUGGUCCUGGUGCCAACUAGACCACAUUGUUGAGUCCCAGACCCUGAUUUUUAUCAAGCCUGAGAAUGAUGAGUGUAUGAAGAGUCAUCAGGAGUGCUGUGUCUCCUGCAAACAGAGCCAAAAUUGUGCACUUUUACCACCGCUGGAGAUUCUCAUUCUCUGAAAACCUGAGAUCCUGUCAGUUUAAGGCGAUUACAGCAGCGUUUUGGUCCUGCAGGUGCGCUGACAAACAUCAGGUGUGGGUGUUCUGGACUUUACCUGGCAGUGUCAUGUGGUCACAUGUGUGGGGCCUGCAUGGCACAUGAACUUUAGUGCUUUAGCUCAGUGAUCCGAGGCGUUUUCAGGCUUCACCGGGCCCCAGUGAGUCCAGAAAAACAAGACCUUAGCGUGAAGGAAUGCAGAGAGCCCUUCACUGGACCCUGAAGGGGCUCCGCAGCUUACAUAAAGAGAGCUGCAGAAUGCACUCCUCCCCAGUUUGAAGAGUCUUUUCUGGUUUUAUAGAGUCUUUUAAGGGAGAGUGACAAACUAUUCAAAUCACAGCAGAUCCAAACCACACAAGAGCUGAAAUCUGCAAAGAAACAGCUGACAUUUGCAGCAGAUUCACAGAAAUGCAAUCUUUUUCUCGAACAUGCAACCAGUGCAGAUGCAAAUGAGUCUCUUUGUUGUCUGGAGGAAUAUUUUCUCUCUCUGGUAUUUGCUGUUUCCAGAAAAAGCCCAUUUCUGCGGCUGCUUGGUUAACACCCACCAAAUAUGAGAGGCUUCAUCCAAACCAUGUCUCAAGCAUAAGGCAUUCGCCUCGGGCUGCUCGCAUGUAAACACGAGCGGUAUAAGUCGAUUUGUUUACCAAAAAAAUAUGCUGUUCCUCUACGGUGUCACGUUGUCUUAAGUUUCAGUCAUUUCUUCGCCAUGGCUCCGGGUCAUAUCUAAAAGAGCGUGUUUUUCUGACAGCUUUCUCAAAGAUCUGCGCCUUAUCGGCCCACACAGAAAAAAAAAAUCACUCCUUUACCUGCAGAAAAUCUCAGACCUUUAGAGCUCUGAGUGAAACCUCCCACACACACAUCUGACUUAAUUAAAGGCCCUGACACCAGAGUCUGUGGACACGGGGAACUACAUGUCUGUGUUUAGAAAAUGUGAGGCAGUGUUUGGCUGUCUCUCUUCUCCGCAUUCUUUCCUUCUGCUCGCCCACGCUCUUAAAGAAACACCGCUUAAGAGUUUCACAUUGCAGCGCAGUCCUGCGCCAGUUUCAGUCUGUGUCUCUGCUGAUAAGAGCGGCCGAGUAAAAGUUUUAUUCUGCCCUCAAACUUUUUAAUCGGCUACUCCACACCCAGUCUUAAAAAUGGGUGUUUAAGUUUAAAGCAGUUUCUUCAUGCAGGGUGGGAUCAGAAAUACUUGGGGUGUUUUCCUACAUCUGAACUAAGACUGAUGACUGGAAUCCUUCAGAGUAAAAGCUUCAUUUCCUCCAGAGUCGGCUUCAUCAGUAGAUUUAGGGUGUUUCCAUUAGUCAGUUUGGUACUGACUGGUACGGUAAACCCUGAUCUUACUUAUAUUUUCCACACUGAAAGCUUAUUAGCUCCUGUUCAGACCGCUGCUGCCGGUCACAUCCGUCUCCUGUACAGAAAAUCUUAAGGCUUGGAAGCUUGCUCUUAAAAACAUUCAGAAAAGUGAAAAGUUGGGGGCUGUAUUGGCUUUUUGGAGGCUUUUCAAAAUAAAAGCAUGAUCCGUUUCAUUCUGUGAAGAGACUAGCCUUGUUUUUACACAAUGCUUUUAUUUUGAAGUUGUCCAGGAUGGUUAUUUUGCUGGCAGGACCAAAUUUAUUUGAGCCAGUGUUGGACUUUUUUCUGGAAUAUUGUAUUGUAUUAUUUUUGGCUUGGUUCUAAUUUCGUACCACAAACCAUAAAAGGUGUGGGGUUUGACAUCACACCCAACACCUUUUACAGUAGAUGAAGUUCCUUGAAUCCUUGAAAAACUUUAAGUCGGCUGCAGGUUACUUGCACUAAAUAUUCUAUAACGUGAGUUUACAGAGAAUAUUUCUUCUUAUGCGUUGUCCCUCCCCCUUUGCAGCCAUCUCUGCACCCCUCCCACCGCUCAUUUCAUGUGAUCCUGUUCCUGAAUCAGAGUUACAGGUAUAUUCAGUGUUAUGAAUGUGAAAUAGUAUAUUUCUGCACAUGCACGAUCAUCAGAGUCGCUUUACAACCACCAAGACCGGAACAUGCUCCACCCCGGUGCUGUGAAAGCGCCCAUAAAAAAUUAUAUGUGUGCAUAGCUGUUUGGAUUGCGUGUUCAGCUUUUUGAUCUAUGCGCGCUCGUCUGCAUCCUUGCAUGACUGUCUUGUUUGCUUUCAGUGGAUUUGGCAUCAUGACGAAUUUACGGUGGCGUAAUUUCGCAGGGAUUGGAAUGUUUGUUUUGAAAAUGCAUCAUUAUUUCGGGAAAGGAAACGUCUUCAUCGUGGUUUUAGUAGGUUUCAGAUCUGCAAACCCAUUUUUAAACUACAACCGCUCUAAUACGUCUAAACGAUGUCAGGGUUCGAAACAGCAGCGUGGUUUGGAUGCUAUACUUCUGUAUUGAAUCAAAGAUUCAACUGUACCAUAACGGCGUAGGCUAAUAUGUUCAGCUAUGUGUUCUUGUGUAACUCUGCAACACUCGCCCUGAAUAUUAGUGCAAUGACGCUCCUGCUACUCAAGCGGCGCGAAUGAAGCGAAUUGGACGUGAGCUGAAAAUGUCUCAAUUUGAGCGGAUAUUUGCGUCGUGAAAACUAAUCAGCAGGUUGCCGGGUGACAUAUGAAAGCGGACUGUUGCUCCCUGGUGUACAAAAUGGAGGACAAACUGAUCAUGUCGGUGUGCGGAUGCUCUGAAUUAUAUGAUACCUUUUCUUUCAAUUACCAAAAACGGACUGAAAAAGAGCGAGCCUGUAGGAGGUCGGAUUACUCGGUAAACUGUAAAAAAACUUUUAUCAUUUGAUCCCGCCGGUUGAAUUGACAGAGAUUACCGUUGAAAUUACUGUUGAUGCACGAAUGAAGCGAGUAAAUACUAGUCCUUCACGCGUCUAGAUUCGUGCGAAUUAAGCGAGUAGAUGAUUUUACUCGCACUUGGUUUGACCGUCCCAUAACAGAUGCAAAGAUGGUCUAAAAACUAGUUCACAUGUCAGGGUUUUGCAGGCAGAUGUUUGAAGUCUCACUGGUAUGUUUCCCGCCUUUAUCUCAACUCAUAAACCAAUGAAAUUACUGUAAAUCCAGACCGUAAUUUACACCAUGAUACAAGACGUUAUCUGAUUUUGGGAGACUGUCUGUGCUAACUGCUUGAAGACUUCCUCUGCAUUCAGCAAUGUGCAGCUGAAAUGCAGAUGUGAAGCUCUUGAUAGUCAGAGGGUACGAACCGUGCAAAUACCCACCAAUACCGUCAUAUGAGGAGGAGGCGGAGCUCUCUGACACGUGUAUCAGCUAUAGGCUGUAGUCUAGACGUUUGUGGUCACAUUUAACUCCAUCACACUUGAUCUUUGGCGGUCUACUGUGGCGCCAUCAGCGUUGGGGAAGUAUAAGUCAUAUGAGGACUACAUUUAUGGUGUGUGUGUGUGUGUGUGUGUGUAUGUAUGUGUGAUGACGGUACCGCAAAAUCCAAGACGUGACGGACUGUGACAUCAGUGGCUGUAUCAAACCAGUACACCCCCCACCACUAGCAGUUACUUGACUCUUAGAGCGCCACCUUCUGGGUAAUCUCUUAGACUGACAAAAAUGCUUCUGCUCCAUUACAUUUCUACCUCUUAAAGACAUUUCUAAACCCCCAGGAAGAGAGUAAAGGGAGGUUUUUUUUAUGUUUUUCUUGAUAAAUGCAGGUUUUCACUCAUGAUUCACGACUUUGUCUUUCCGGUUGAGGAUGAGUCAGGUGGUUUCCAUGUGAAAUGAAACCUGCUUCAUCAGGAUAUCUCAAAAAUCCUUCCUCGCUCAGUCUUGUGCUGUGCUUCAUGAAGUCAUCGACCUUUGUCCAGACUCCCUCUCCCCCCUGGGAAUGAAUGACCAUGUUUGGUGAAUCCGGCUGAAUCACACUGUCAUAGUUUGAGCAGGAAAUGGAUAACUUUCUGCGUCGCCAGAAUAGACUCUGACUUUCUCUUCAUGUUCCAGGAGACGAAGCAGAUAAUCGAGUGAAACUUCCUUGUUCCCGCUGAGCCCCUCUCAAGAAAAAUGAAUGAAUCUGACUUCCAUGGUUGCCCAUAAAUCAGUAUUUACUUCCUGUUUUCUGACCUUUGCUCUCUGUUCUCGUCUACUUGUCCACAGACAUGAUUCAGCCUGUGCGUCCCUCUCUCAUUUCACUGUUUUACAGUCUAAGCCUGAUCUCAUUUACAGUGACAGCGUGUCCGUCCUUUACCAGGCAGCGAUCCAAAUAUACUGUUUGCACUCUGUGUGUCUCCUCAAUCAGCUGACUGUGUGCGCUUCCUCCUAAAGUAAAUUUACUCUGCAAGGCGACUCACAAGAGCGGGCUUGUCAUCAGCUAAGCCAUAUAUCUGUCAGCCCACAGCCUCUUCUUUCAUUACCUCUGUUUUAUCUUCAGACUUCAAAAACAGACCCUUAUUUUUGGUCCUUUUUAAUGUCGAAUAUUUCCACUCAGGAGUUUCUUUAAAUCUGUAAGAGAGCGAGAAAACUUCAACAUGGAGAGGGGAAGUUUGUGUUUACUUGGUGAAAGUAUUUAUCUGAGAGAGCGGAGAGAAGAAUCUGUGUUUUGGUAGGAAUGGGAGGAAUGAGGAUCAGGACCACAGGGCAAAAAGUGCCAAAAAAAAGAGCUUCAGGGACACAGAGUUCAAAUUCAACUCAUUUACAUGAACAAGGGCGUGCAUGACUGCAACUGGAUUUCCAGGUUGCAAUGUACAGAAGGGAUUGAGUGUUUGUUUGCAGGCUAUUUGAGGCCUGUGCUUGGUUAAACAGGAAUUGCAGGAGCUUUCAGUUCAGCUGCGUUUCAUGAAAGCUUUUCAGCCUUGGCCUUUGUCCCUGCUUUGAAUAGCAAAGGUAGGAGUGCUGCCCUGAAAACGAAAGACAAUUGAAACGACCAACAGCUGGCAAUGCGGCGACAGUGAGCGCCUCUGAAGUCAAGAUCCAACCUGUCCUCUUCAUUAGGGCGAACAGCAGUUAGUUUGGAUUUUCCGGUUCUCCUUUUGUUUUGGGUCCCACAGGAAGAUUCGUGUGUGCGUCUGUGUGUGCGUCUGUGUGUGCGUCUGUGUGUGCGCCGCAGAGUUAAGCAACAGCCGGUUUACGGGCAGGCCUUAGUAAUAAUAUUCCCACGCAUUUCUGUGGGAAACCUCAUCAGCAAAUCAUCAGCACAGAGGUAAACAAAGUCAGCUGACUGUGCAGGAACCGAUCUGAGAGAGGAGUGUACACCACACCUCAGCCCGUGAACAGACCAUGUUUACUCCCAGGAUUAGCUCCAGCUUUAAAUAUAAACUGAAGAAGACUGCAGCGUUGAUUGCAUCACUGCAGUAAAGUCAUAGUCCGAAAAGUUUAUUGUGCUGCUCACAGUUUAAAACAGAGCGUUAAAGAAAGGUGAGGUCAUGUCAAAAAGAGACAUCAAAACAUUCGUGUAAGGUCUGUGAAUAAGCACAAACUAAACUCAGUCGGUACUUUAAACUACAGUUAAACUACAGUUAAGCUGUAGUGAAAACUACAGUUAAAAUACAAUAAAGCUACAUUUAAAAUAUAAUCAAACUACAGUUUAACAACAGUUAAGCAACAGUUAAAUUACAGUUAAGCUACAGUUCAACUACAUUUAAACUACAGUUGAGCUACAGUAAGGCUACAGUUAAACUACAGGUAAGCUACAGUUAGUGUACAGUUAAGCCACAGUUAAGAUACAGUUGAACUACAGUCAAGCAACAGUUAGGCUACAGUUAAGCUACAGUUCAACUACAGUUAGGCAACAGUUGAACUCCAGUUAAACUACAGUUAAGAUACAGUAAGGCUACAGUUAAACUACAGAAAAACUACAGUUAGGCCACAGUUAAACUACAGUUAUACUACAGUUAAGCUACAGUUAGGCUACAGUUGAACUACAGAUCAAAUACAGUUGAAUUAUAGUUAAACCACAUUUAAACAACUACAGUUUAACCACAGUUUAACUACAGUUAAACUACAGUUAAGCUACAGUUAAACUACAGUUAAAGCUUAAUUAGGUGAUCUAUGCUACAGUAGGUGGCGACGUGCCCCCUUUCGGCUCAUUACAUCACGUACCAAAACAAUCAAAGAACUCGUCAGAGGUUUUAUUCACCAGGUAGAGUAAGAGUUUUUAUUCACCUGUUACUUUUAUUGCGACGCUCUUUGAAGCUUAUUUAGUCUGACCAGAAUAAUCUCUUGAAUUAAACCUAUCAACUGUAAUUUGACCCGGGUCACGAUGUGAUUUUAUUCGAGGUCAUUGCAUCUUAUUUCUUCACUCAUCUGGGUCACCUGGAAAGCACCGUACAUGUCUCAAAGAAAGGGAAAAAUGGGUCGGUUAUCUAACCAAACUCCGGGGUAUUUUAAUGACAUAACACUGUUUAAUGUAGCGUUAAUUAAAGCUUUAUUUGUUGGUUUUACUCCUGCAUUAGUCAUAACAACUUCAUUUUUACUGGCAAUUGUGGUUGUUCAGUUAUGAGGAAGAAAGCUCCCAUGAUGCACGCUAACAUGAAAUAUAAUUGUUUAUUCAUGUGUGAGAAGGAGAGGCUAAGGUUGGCAGAAAUAACACAGAAGUAUUUAACAGUCAUCUUCAGGCUGCCAUCUACACCUCUUAUAAUACUUUUAGUCUUUACUGCUUUUAUAACUCUCGUAACUAUAAAAAUCUUCUUCAGAUUUGGAGAAACUAUCAGUCAGAUGUAUUUCUGUGUAGUCUGGGCAUCAUGUCUAAAAUCCCCUAAAUUCCCCAGAGAUGGCGUUAAACUCAAGGCGUCUUUUCUCAGAAGAUUUUGUUCGUAUUUUUAGUUUGUAGCUUUUAGUUUCUUUUCAGGUCUUUGCGAACGUUUGGAGUAACCCACAAAGGUUGGAAACCACCAUAACAAUUCUUCACCGAUCUCAACCAACCAGCUAAAAGCACAUUACUCUUUUUCGACUGUGUUUUGUGCCGCUGACGUAGUUGUGUGUAUCUGUGUGUUUGUUUAUGUGUGGGAAUAUAGUAGGGAGGAUGGUUCACAUGGUAAGGCCCGCAUGUUUCCCACAGUCCACAUCAUGCUGGUGGAGUAUCAGUCAAAUUUAAGGAAGUGGCUAAAAUACCAGCAGAGGUUAUCUGAUCUUACAGGUCCAUAAAUCCACUCAACCACAAAUACAAACAUGUUGUUGAUGUUGGACUAAUAAAUUACGUAUUCUGAGAAAGUCUUGACCAUACGCAUUCACAGUGAUGAUAUACCAUGAUAUCUUAAGAAAACCCAGUGAAUUUAUUGACCUGAGUGCAGCCAAUGAGUAACCUGCUAGAGAAGUGAAAGCCAGUGCCUUGUUGCUUUAAACCUGCAUUUUCCCGAGUGACCACCAGGGGGCGACUCCAUCAGGUGCAACCAAAAUACCUAGGGCUCCAUUUUUUUGGGGGGGGGGUUACUUACGCCGAGCUGCGCCGCUCAUCAAAAUACCAAAAUGUGCUUGGGCGAACCUGACUUAUGAUGCGCCUGCACCAUACCGCUGGCGAGGCACGAAAAUAGAGCCCAUAGUUUUAGGCGGAUCAGCUAUUUGCUUGAUUUCCUCACAUAUUCAGGAUCCUAAUCGAAUCUUUUAAUAGAUAAAUGUGCACUUCAGCAGCUGUUUUUGACCUUUUUUUGUAGUAAUAUCUCCAAAGUCUGUUUCUGUCCAAGUUAAAAGUUAAACAUUAAUAUUACAUUUACAGAGAAGUACACAUGCAACUCAUUAACCAAUUAAGAGCUUGUGUCAGUUGACGACUUAGCAUUUUGCUGACUCUUUGCUUUGCUGCUUCAUCCUGCUUGACCACAUUAUGUCCAAAAGGUUUGACUGUUGAUAGAAUUGACUGACGCUCUCGUGUAAAGACAAUAUAGGACACACAAAAAAAUGAUUUUGAUAAAAAAUGAUAAAAACUCUGCAGAAGUUGGGUCGCAAUGUAGGAACUGAGUUAAAAAAAGACAUUUAUGUAACUCUGACUGGGAAACCAUGUCUUUUUCUUAAGGGUUAGCACACGGACCUUCUGGUUAAGUUUCUCUUUGACCCCCAUCAGCCACAGUGUUACAGUUUGAUACCACACUCACUAAACUGCUGAUGUGACUUCUCGUUUACCAUGACUGCAAUUUCUUGGGAAACAGAAACUCUUCGGUGGAAACUUCAGCAAACACUCGUGGGUGCAGACAGCUGACCGACAAAGUCUUUACCAAUGUUUUGACACUUCUGUUUCUGUUGCAGAGACUAAAAAGACCAUCUUUGACUCCAUAAAUCAUACCUUGUUCUCUUAAAAGUGAUAUUGUGGGUCCUGAUCCUAAAAUACAUUUUUAUCUGGAAAUGAAAUAAAUUAAUACUGUCAAUUAUUCAGCAAUUGAACCCAAACCAACAAAAUGAGUCCUUGCAGUCUUAAAUGUUCCCAUUAAAAUGCUGUUUUGUAUUUUGGGAGGUCAAAGAAGCUGUGCACUGAUCUUUUGUAGUCCCUCAAGUCAUCCAAACCCCUUCUCCUGUACCUUUAGGCUCAAAUUAGCUGAUGCCAGACCGUUUAAACUUGGCUGAGGGUCACAGAUCACUGGUGCAAAGAGCGCCACAUCGUCAGCAAAACGUUGAACAGCAGUGUAGAGGUCGCCGCGCUCAGAGAUUUGGUUCAUUAAUCAUGUAAAAAUGAAACCAAAGAAACAAAUAUCUCUGAUUUCGGGAUGAAUUAGGACAGUUUUGGAGUUCAGUCUUGCAUGAUUCAACAUAAAUCCCAACCCUGAAAUUCAUGAUUGCACAAGAGUAAACACAUGCAAAAGCUUAAACUUGCAGGAGUAAGUAUGUGGUCCAAAAUCAGAUUGAUUUGAUAAUGAUGCAAAUUACACUGAGUGCAAAAUUUCAAACAAAAUCAAAUGCAUGCUGUUUUUUAUAUUAUUUUAAAUGCAUCACAAAGAUAAAGCACAGAAAUGUAGAGAUGAAAUAGGUCAGAGAUGCAGCGUGCUCGGGUCUGUUUGACUUUCAUCAUGUUUGAGAGCGCUGGGGUGGGGUGCGCCUGGCUGGUUAGUGGCCCAUAUCGGAGUGGAAAGUACCUAAAUGUUGCUUCCAGCUAAAAGAGAAAGAGACCUGAACCUGAUAGAAAAAAACUACAAUCGAGAGAGAUAGCAGUGUUGACCUGUUGUGGUUUAUUGAUGGAUGUGAGUGAAUAGGUCUGAGAGAGCUGCAGCUGUCAGCUGAGAGAUUUGGCUCAGAGACCCGGAGGUGUGCCUCUUCCUGUAACUCAAAGUUAAUUAAAUCAUGAAAUAAAGAAUUAAAGGAGCCGCACCUGUCAGACUGAAAGGCUUUUUGAUUUAGUCGCCCUGAGUGUGUGUCAACUUCUUUUACCGACUCCACAUGACCUUCCCGUCUAAAGGAAAAAACCUUUUCUGUGAAAUAGUUUGUGUCUCAUGACAUCAACUUCCUUGGAAAUUCUUUUAGCUUUCAUGUACCUGGGAAAAAAACUAAUUCACCAGUACUUCCUGUUUCAUCACAAGAUUUUACAAACACUUGAUCACUUUCAAUCCAAAAUCUCCGGCGUGGUUCUCGGCUAAAACAUUCGACUUUAAGGAAACUGGAGACACUUUACCGUAAAUUGAAUCCUUCUCCUUAGACGAAUGCAUAAUUUAUGUUUCAUUGAAUCAAUUAUUUAUCUUUAUUUUAUGCAGACGAUGCAGAUAUUUAUUGAUGAGUUUGUAUCUUUUCCUGCCCGGUGUUUUGCUGAUUUCUGUGCACCCACUGGAGGACGGACAUCACAAACAAGCUCAGGCUAUAAAUAUUGUAGUGGGUAGCAUCAGAUUACAUGCUAUUUAUUUGUCUCUAUUCAAAUAAACACGGAACAGAUGCAAAUAUCUCUCUGCUUUAGUUCUGCAGAGAGAAUAACCUGCAGCACAGUGAGAAACAGCUGACGUUCGAUCUGUGUAAAACCCGAAAAUAAGACCGUUUAGUUUAGAUAUUUCGAUGCCGACGCCUUUCCAGUUGGUGUUUUCAUCAUCUUAUGCCCAAAUAUAGUCUUGAGACGAGUAUUCCUCUCAUUACAGCAGUCUGUACUCAUGAUUUACUCACUUUAGGUGAGUAAGAAGCUUCAUUCGGACUCCACGGUUGUGUCACUGCAGCUGUUUCUGCGGCAGAUUCCCGACAGCUGAGGGAGGAUCAGCUCUGAAAAGCUGGAUGACAACAUGCAGCCUAAAUAAAAGACUCACAUUAUAUGUAAUUGGGAUUGCACAACAAGUCUGAGAGCACUUGUGUGAAUCGCUGGCUGUCAUCUCAUAUCCCCUUAAACCUAAAUUUGGGAUGGGGAAGGGUUCGCUGUCUCCUGUCUUCAGUCUGUGUGAUAUUUUUGAUUCACAUUAAGCUCACAGAGCAGAAGAAGACAGAGAGAUAUUAGAGACAGGGACUGAUAAUUUAAUCUGAACCACAUCUGGCACCGCUGCAGUUGACCAGUCUAAUUUAAUAAAACCCAAUCUCUUUGAAUGGUUUCUAUUUCUAUCUCUCUGUGGUCUUGAAAGCUCUUGGUAUCAGAUAUCUACAUGCACGAGCAGUUAGCGAUCUGCUUUGAUCGUAUAUCGAAAGUCCGACUCUGUUCUCGCUUCUCCAAUUGCUGGUAAACACGUGUAAUUCACAGGAAAGAAGAUAAGAUCUGCAAAGUUGCCAAACACAAUGUCGUUGCUAUCGGUGACACAUGGGUCAGAAAAAGGGAAACACCAAACAAGAGCGAGCAGGAUGAACUCUUUCACUUUCACUUAAUGAGCUGAAUCAUUUCACCAAAAAACAAACAAACAAAAACUCGUCUGCCGUAUGUCGACACGCUUUAAGGUUUCUAUUUCAUCUAUUUUACCGAAGACCUGACCCCAAAAUGGGACACUUUGUAAAUCCUCUCGAAAGACUGCAGACAGUCCAGUCUUCUACCACUCAGCCAUGCUGUUGUAAAAUUAUGCAGAUGUGGAUUUGCAUUGGCUCGCUGUAAUAUGAAGGUAUUGCUUUGCUUGUAUCUUGCAUGCUUCCUCUCAGACGUACAUCUCUGCAGACCUGAAGAAUGUUGCUCCAAAACCUGCAGAUGAAAGAUACCCAUGCCACGGACACUAAAGCAUCCUCAUACCAUCAGGGAUACUCAGUUUGUAGCUGUGCACUGAUAACAAGCCUGAUGGCCCUUUAAAUGGUCAUGUGACAUUUUCUCUCUUCUGCUCAGUCCAACUGAAGCUUUGACUCAUUUUUAGGCAGAUUUAUAAACAAUAAGUGCACAGCAGCAGGUUAAGUCCCCUCACGAUGGACACAUACACAUGCAAGUUCACAUUCGCAUUGACUUUAGAAACCAAGAGGACCUUAGUAAGUCCUCAGUCUGCAGCAGCCUCUCCAUGAUGAUUGGUGUUUAGAUCAUUUGUACGUCUGACCAGAUCAGCAGCUACAAAAACACGUCAGCGAGCAGAUGCAUAAAUAUGAUUAUGUAGGACAACAACAGCAAUUACUGAGCAGUCUGCACAGUCCUGAACUAACCCCGUGUUGUUCUGUCCACUCGCUGUUUUAACUAUGCAUGGCUCUGUGUCCUGACUGCAUGAAGGCAUCACAUUUCAGGAGCCUGUGCCACAAUUUGCAUCGCAUGCAUGAGGAAUGAGACUGAGCCUCACCUGUCUGAGUGCGACUCUUCUGUGCAAUAAUGUUUGUAAACUCCAGAUGUUUUGUAAUGCUUGUUUGUCUUACUUAUUUUCAGUGUAUUGUUAGGACUGUUUUUUUUCACACCAGCUCACAUACACAAACAUACACAUACACAAACACACACACACACACCUUCCUGCACACGCCCUCAGUGCAAUCAUAGGAUAACAUUUCAAACAUGACCACGCCAAGUGCAAUUUGGCUCGGGUGCAGAACAAUAUAUCCUCACAGCUGUAAAGACAAGAGCAGAUUAAACAGUGGAGCAGAGAUGGCUGUAUUGAUUCUCAGUCAUGUGUGUGCAGCACACCCACUCCUUUCUGACACGCUGACAAAACAGAAAAAUCCUGCUUCACCUUCAGAGUCUCUGUGCCAGCAGCAGUCAGGGUUAGUGAACCCGGAUGUUUAACAGCCUGAUCAGCUUAACUGAUUGGCAGCUAAGCUGGGAGUUUUUCAGAGUAGUUGCACCAACUAUGUGCCAAUAUUUUGACAGAAACAGAUCUUAUCAGAAGUUCACCAUGGUUAGUUCCUGUGUCUGUAUUUAGGGUAAUUCCUGCACCAGACUCUUUGUCCAAACCGAACGGACUCAAAGGUACAAAAAGUUCAGGAUUUCUUCAGAGGGUCUAAACCUCGAUAUUCUUUUGUUUCUCAUCAUAAAAACAACCUCUUAAAGUUUAUUUAGUUACAUUUUGAAACCGAGAACACAUGUUGCAUCGGUCUCCUCCGCACCACCAAACCCCAUUGACAAAAGCAGUAAUUUUACCACAGUGGACAUGACAGUUUCUGGUUUAAUUCUGCCAUUAUUGUUUGUUCCUCAUGUCAUUAUUUGUUAUAGAGAUAUUGUGUUGAACCCAAAUUUGAGAUAUAAACAACAAAAACACACUCAGAUACACACAAACCUGUGAAGUAAAACAGUUAACCAGCAACUUCCAUGUUCUGUUAAAACCCUAUAUUUGUCAAUGGAGUCUGGUAGCUUAAAAGAGGCUGACAUGCACUGUAAAAACUCAGUGUUUGUCUGAUUUCCUGUCUAAAAAAAGCCUUAUACAUGCACAUAUAUUGCACAUGAUCCAUGUUGCACACCUGAUGAUAAAGAUCAUUUUCCCUGUGAACACAUUUUUGCAGCUGCAGAGCAUUUCCACAAUUUCAAAGGAGUAAUUUGUGUGUGUCACGUAAACCGCCAAGCCCACACUGGGACCCAACAUUUUUUCAUGGUUUUGCGCUAAAUUACGCUCCACCGGGACUUCGCUUUGAACAAUUCCCCCUUAAAGAUACACAUUGGCUUCAAAUUUGGCAAACUGCUCACUCAAAUAAAAAAGCGGUGAGGCACAGUCAGGUGUUUGCCGAAUCCAGCCACCAUCCAGCAGAGCGCUAACUCUGAGGUUAUCUAACAGUCUGGCAGUGAGGUAAGUCCUCUGCAGGUGCUGGAUCAUGACUGUUUGCUUUAAAGUGUUUGCUAAAGUCUGAUGUAGUUUGUUUUCUGGCUUUUGCAGUUGCUGCGAUGUCCAAUAAGAAUCGACUCCUCUCCUCGCCGGACUAAAACCUCUGCCAGGAAGGAAGAUCAUCAGCCUUUAAAGAACAACAACAUCCUUAAUUACAUCCUCCACCACGCUCUGAUUCAAUAACACGGCACAUCCAGUUGUCUCUUUCUUUGUCCUGAGCUGCUGUGGUGAUCCCCCGGAUGUGCGUGCACAAAUAAACCAGCACUUUAAUUAUUGCUGACUGUGAAGUUCGAUUAGACGCCGGUCCUAAUCUAACGCUGGGCUUUAGAUUUUUUACUUUAAAUAUUCACCAUUUGGACGUUUUUCCCCAAGAAUUCAGCGCUUUUCUUGAGAUUUAACUGAGAAUUAAGUGAGUUUAUUAUUUUUCCAAAUAGGAAAUUUCAAUUUUAUAAUUUCUGACUAAAUAUUUUUGCUUUUCUGAUUACUUCUCCCCAAGAUAUCUGAGAGUAUUUACAAAAGUCAAAGCUCUGCUGUUUGCACUUUAUUAAAAAAUGUAAUAGUUUGUGUUUUUUGUUUUUAUUUUGCACCUUUAAGAUAUUAAAAUGUGCCUAAAUUCCAUAAACUGGUUCAGUGUUUGUGGAUGAGAGCUGCACGAUGUAACCCUCUAUUUUAAUUUACAGUAUAUAACGCCUCUUCACAUUUGGUUUUGCGGACUGUGCCUUUAAUUCCACAUGUGUGUAGGUGGAUGUCUCAUUUUGGAAUAAAACUCUGCAGCUCUUUGUU